UUCGUACGUUCCCUUUCUCUUUACAAUUAAUUGAGAAAUAUACCGGCACUGAUAAUAUUUUUUUGAGGUUACCUCACGAACAAAUAAUUUGUAUAGAAAAAAAGCACGUGGAGUUUGAACAAAUUUGUUCAAAAAACCAAAAUGGUUCGUGCGUGGUACAUGGAUAAUAGUGAUGCUGAUCAACGACUGGAACACUAUAAAGAACCUCCUGAAUUUCUCUCUCUCGAAGACUUAUUCAAAAAGACAGGAGUCGAAUAUUUUAAGAUCGAUUGCAAAGACUACAAAAAUGAUGAUACAUUGAUGGAAUUGAAAAAAAAACGAGGCUAUACAUAUGAAGAUGAAAUACAAUGUUCUAGAGACUGUCUUCCAAAUUAUGAAGAGAAAUUAAAGAAUUUCUUUACUGAACAUCUUCAUACCGAUGAGGAAAUAAGAUUGGUAUUGGAUGGAUCAGGAUAUUUUGAUGUUCGAGAUUUGAAUGAUCAGUGGAUACGUAUCGAAGUUACAGGUGGAGAUUUGAUCAUUAUUCCUAGUGGAAUAUAUCACAGAUUCACUUUGGACAUCAAUAAUUAUAUAAAAGCAAAACGUUACUUCGUGGGAGAACCUGUUUGGCUGCCUUACAAUAGACCAGCAGAUGAUAUGGAGUGUCGUAAAAAUUAUCUUGAUCGUUUGUACAAAAAUUUUCAAGGAUAAUCUGUUGAUAAUCCCCUUUAUAAAUACAAUAAUCAGGGUUCACAGUAAGAUUUACAUAAUAUCUACCUAAUGCCUUUUAGAUUACAUUCCACAACAGUAAAGAAUGCAAUUGAUAAUAAUUCUUUUAACUUUAGUAUCACUGGAAUAUCCCAUUAUUAUAUUUUACAUGAAUACAUUUUAUAAAAAAUGUUUUACAUUGUAAAUAAAUGUUGAUCAUGUGG